AUGAGCGUGCAUAUUUGGGACAUUCGGCGACCAUUUCUACCUUACGCAAGUUUCGAAGAUCAUAGCGAUAGUGUGACUGAUAUGUGGUGGAAUGCCCAACAACCAGAACGCAUUGUCUCCUGCGGCAAGGACGGUUUAUUGGUUCUCCAUAAAAUGGAUCAAAGGCAGUCGCCUUUGGCCUACGCAUGUGAUGUAGCACUUGAUAUAGCACCAGAUGGAUUGAUCGGGAGAACUCCAUAUGAUCCAUUUCGCACCCCAGUUCGAAGCCAACUUUCGUGUGGACUUCCCGAUAAUGCGAUGAACACACUUCAACCAACAGCCUUCUAUAAGUUAGCUGAGAAAUACCUUGCUGGUGGUCGACCACUGCAGACACUUUGCAGUCACAAUGCUAAUCUCGCCACUCUCUUGGGCCAAUCAAGUGUUGCACAA